UUGUUUUGUCGUUCAUUAGUUGAGUAGGGAUGAGUGGGUAGGGAACUAGACCUGCAAGUUGCUAGAAGUUGGAGGAAGUACUGUAGAUGAACUCAUUCGACAUUUUUUGCCGUAUUAGAAUUAGAAUUCCUGAAAUCAUUAUUUACUUCAUGUGAUAUCGUAUUUAUUUAUUCGUACUGUAACUGUUAUCUAACUUUAAUAAUUUAUCCAGGCCACAUGAUCACUUCCAUUGGAAUGUUGUUGGUGUCUGCCUAGAGGACUGCACUAACGAUCCCCAUCCAACUGAUAGGUCAUUACAUUAUACAGUAGACGAUUUUGCCUCUAGGCCUAGGCCUAGUCUAUAACAACAGUACGAUAUUUUCAUCUUCAGUUGGUCGUAACCCAAAUCAAGAGGUGGCAAGAAGAGAGUUAAUAAGAAUCAUACUGACAGUGACACUCAAGUGGUUUUUUUUUAUAAGUUGGAUGGAUUUUUACCAAAUACCAGAUUUUACCAAAGAUUGUGCAACAAUUUGAUGUGGUGAGAUUAUAAAUAAUUGUUAGGCCUACCCACUAUGGCAGUCCUAAUACUAUAGGCCUAGACCUAUUCUAGGGCCUGAAAAGGCCAUUGUCGAUUUUGAUUAAAUUUAUUUUAUUUGUGUGAUAAGUUAAGCCAAGUUGACCACCACCACUAUGUCUAUCAAUGUAUAUUCUCGUUUGUAAGUUUGGGAACCAGAACAGAAAAAAAUGGAUAAGACUAGUACUGCUUCUACUAGCGGAAAAAGGACAUUGAUCUCCUUGGAUAUUAUAAGUAAUGAAGAUGAUGAUAGAAAAAAGCAGAAAAUAAAUCUUAUAAAACCUUCGACAAUUUCUGACCUCAAAGAUGACAUUAGUCUGAGUACUACUUCUAGUGACAAACAGACAAUUGGCAAUCUAUUUCUUAAUUUACCAGAUGAAAUUAUGGUUUGUAAUGUUUUACCUCUAUUGGACAUCAUGGAAGUUUGCAUUUGUAAAGCUGUCUGCAGGCGAUGGAGAGGUUUGGUUCAUGCAUACUUCUCUCAACUAAAAGAACUUGAUCUUAGCCCAUGGAAUUUUUUGAUAUAUGAAGAGCAUUUGAUAGCAAUAGUACGACAUCUACGCAGCCUCAAAUAUUUAAGACUUGGUGUGUGCUGGAAAGCUGUCACUGAAUGUAGUUUGUCUUCAAUUGCAUCAUCAUGUCCCAAACUUGAGGUAUUCACAGCAAAUAGAUGCGGUAACGUCACAGAUUCAGCAAUAUCUAAGCUAGUGACAAGGUGCCACAAUCUCCAAGAGUUGGACUUGAGCAGUUGUUAUAAUGUAACAGAUGUAGCUAUUGUUGAAAUAGCACGACACUGCAAACAUCUUAAGGAACUCUACCUGAGCAGUAUCUAUAGUGUUACAGGCAUUGGUAUCAAGGAGCUUGCGCAACAUUCAAAAUCACUUGAGGAGUUGGAUGUCAGCUAUUGUUUCACAUUAACGAAUGAGAGCAUGUUGCAUUUGCUUCACCUUAAACAAUGUGGGUCAUUGAAAUCACUACGUAUAACAGGCUGUUCAAAGAUAUCCGAAGACAUUACACUCAAGUUGUUGCAAGCUGGAAUAAUUGUGAACAAUAUGUUUUAAGAGCUGCAUUUCAUCAGCUGGUUGUAGUCACAUUGGUUGUCCACCCAAUAAGAUCAAUAUUCAUGGCAUCUUAUGUC